UACAUAUUAUAUAUUCGUUGUUUUUUAAUAAAUAAAAUAAAUAAAUAAAGUCGAUUGCAAUCGGACCGGUGACUAUUCUCUGAUAUUCCGGUCGUCUUUCCUCAAGCACUGCUUGAACUGAUGCAUCAUGAAAAAAACUAUGCCAUGGAAUGAUGAUGAUUCAUCGUCUAAUGAGUCUUCAAGUUCUGAUUCAGAUGCAUCUGAUAAUGGUCAAAUUCCAAAAAGGAGCAAAAUGGUUUCUGGUGGUUCAUCCAAAUCUAAAGUCAAGCCGACGAACCGCAAGAGUAAAGGCAUUGACUUUGAAGCAUUAAGUCAACACGGGUACAAAGGCGGGUUAUCGGUUUUAAAAGUCCCAGCACCAAAAGAAGAUGAUAAGAACCGUGAUUGGUCAUGGUCAACAGGUAAGGAUAAGCGUGAUGCAAACGAGACUGAAGAAAGUUACCAAGAAAGACAAAAAACACGAGCUGCUUUACGCGAAGGAGAAGAGCUGGCACACGCCCGAACCCAAAAAGAACGAAACUUGUCCUUUUCACAGAAGGAAAAAAGGAAAAGGGAUAUUGGACAGGCUAGUAGAGGAAAGAGCUAUGUUGAAGAAGAGAAGAGACUGUUGAGGGAAAAUGGUGUUUAUUCUGGCUUUGAUUCUUGACUAUUUUAAAAAUUAUUUGUGUUUGUAAUGUUGUUGAUCGUGUUGGGUUGGAGGGUUGAAAUUCAAUCUGAACACGAACACGAGUUUAAGUUGACACUAAUGGCAUUCCCCUUGUACUUUAUGAACUUGUUUUAGAAAAUUGUUGUUAUGAUGCUUCUGUA